GCUGAUAUAUAAACGUUUAUAGAUCCAGGUGUAUUCAGUACCUCGGCCCUGAUCCUUUCUGCUAAGCUCGCCUACACGACCAUGUCAUCGCAGCCCUCUGAACAUGUCUCCCUCCCGAGCAUCCACGAGAUGUUCCCAGAACAUCUCAUGGCCCUUCCUCCGAGGAGGAAGUAUCGAGCACCUCCGCCAUCGCGCCCCUUGCCACCGCAUGCGGCGGUGCCGACCCCCGUAUGCAGCAUAUCGGGACUGCUUGAAGAUUCGCUCCAGCCUACGGCGCAGACAGGCCCUAGGCCACCAUCGAGGGUACCGAAGACGGCGCGGCGAGCGGACGAGGAGCGGAAACAUGCAUGCCCGACCUGCAGCAAGGCAUUCAACCGCCCCAGCAGCCUCGCCAUUCAUAUCAACACUCACACUGGCGCAAAGCCAUUCGAGUGUUCAUUCCCAGGCUGUGGUCGCCGUUUUAAUGUUAACUCAAACAUGCGCCGCCACCUACGCAAUCACACGCCUCCCACACGCCAAUUUAGCAUCGCUUCGCCGUACACACAUCCGUUAACGAUGGUCCCCCGCGUCUCCCCGUUCCCAGGCGCAUCUGGUUUUGCAGGAUCUACGUACCUGCCUGUCUCGUACCCCACACGACAUCGCAGCUCGGAUACCGGCAGCGACGAGGAUGAGCUGUCUGAACCUGAGCAGUGGGGGCACGAGCGCGAGCUGGCUGAAGGCGUCGACCGCCUGCGCUUCCGCGCUCGCUCAACCUCUAGUGCCGCGUCCUCUCCACACGUGCAGCGUGCGAGUCCGCCGUACCCCUCGCGGAUAGGAUCAUACGCAACGCUCGGUUGUCGCGAUUAUGCACGCCCAAUGACGCGCCAUGCAUCAAGCUAGGUGUACCACUCCUGGACGUUAGGCUUAGGCUGCCCUUCGUGGCUGCCAGAGAUUCUAUUCACUGCCCCUUACGCGCCUCUAAAUCCUCAUUCGAGUACAUUUAUUGCUCGUGAAAUUGGACACUGUUCGCCUACAAAGUAUCUAGCGCAAGGGUUGAGCAGGAGUUGUGUAGUUUUUCUUCGCCGUCUCGGGCACGAACUGGAUGAAUCAAUGGCUGGCUGCUGCGGUCUUUUUGUCACAACUUGC